GCUCGCCCCCCAUUUCCCCAUCUCUCUUCUUCUUCUUCUUCUUCCCCAUCCAGAGGAGGAAGGAAGAAGAAUAAGCAGGAGGCCUCUCCCCCCCAGCCCAGCCACCCCGUAGCGACGACGGAGGGCGGAAGAGGAUGAGCGCGUCCAGGUUCAUAAAGUGCGUCACGGUCGGGGACGGCGCCGUCGGCAAGACCUGCAUGCUCAUUUCCUACACCUCCAACACCUUCCCCACCGACUAUGUUCCGACGGUGUUUGACAACUUCAGUGCUAACGUUGUGGUUGAUGGUAACACUGUCAACCUCGGCCUCUGGGACACUGCAGGUCAAGAGGAUUACAACAGACUGAGACCACUGAGCUAUCGUGGAGCUGAUGUUUUUCUUCUGGCUUUCUCACUGAUCAGUAAAGCCAGCUAUGAGAAUGUUUCGAAGAAGUGGAUACCUGAACUGAAGCAUUAUGCACCUGGUGUGCCAAUAAUUCUCGUAGGGACAAAGCUUGAUCUUCGAGAUGACAAGCAGUUCUUUGUGGACCAUCCUGGUGCUGUUCCUAUCACUACUGCUCAGGGAGAGGAGCUAAGAAAGCAAAUAGGCGCGCCAUACUACAUCGAGUGCAGCUCAAAGACCCAACUAAACGUGAAGGGUGUCUUCGAUGCGGCGAUAAAGGUUGUGCUGCAGCCGCCUAAGGCGAAGAAGAAGAAAAAGGCGCAGAGGGGGGCGUGCUCCAUUUUGUGAUCUAAUAAUGAUCAGUAGACAAAAGAAACAAGGGCGAAGGUGCCAUGGUUCUAUUAUCGCCGCGUCUUGCUUCAGCGAAACAGCAAUGGAUGAUCCCACCCCCUCCCCCCCCUAGAUUUUACUGGCGGCUGCAGCGAGUCGAGGCAUUCGAGAGCGAUAUGUUUGUUUCAUUUCCCUCCUUCCCGCCUUGUGAUUAUCUGGUGUGUGUGACUGACGAGGUCGUGGCAAUUUAGGUAACUCGCUUAGAAGGUAUUUCCCCCGUGUUUGAGCCCCCACCCCCACCAAAAAAAAGAAGGUAUCAUGCUAUCUCUGUUCCAUAAGUAGACAUGAUGUAAUCGUACUAAGUGUUUAUUUUUAUUUUUUUUACUUAUUUCACUUCAAUCAAUGGAAAAUUAUGCUUCCCAAUU